UCACUUACCGAUAUAAAAAGAUAACAGUUGAUUUUAAAUAAUGGCACGUUGAAAAAUACCGCCGAAAAUUCGGAUAAAUAUGAUCGUAUUAUUUCUUGUGCUGACUCUGGCAAUUUUUCAAAACGCACAAUGUGAUUAUGCUGCAAUUAAACAGCCACUCAAUGUUGAAACUAAUUAUCGAAACAUGUUGUUGCGUUUAAAUAAUCGGCUCGAUAAUGUAAGUCCCUCGAUACACAUACGCGAGGGUAGAGUUGAAGUUAGUUUCGAUUACGGCAGGACUUGGGGCACUGUUUGCGCGACCCACUGGAGUUAUCGGGAGGCGAAUGUUGUGUGCAAACAAUUAAAUUUAGGCUAUGCUGCCUUCUCGAAUCAAACACAACAGUUUGGUACUAGCCAUAGAUAUCCCUGGAAUAUGGUGGGUACUCUAUGUCGUGGUACCGAACACAGCUUAAGAGAUUGUUUUCGCGAAUCUCAAUAUCCGAGAGUCUGCAAUGCCACAAAUAGAAAUGUAGCUGUCGUUAGAUGCGUGGAGAAACUGUCCGAUUUAACAUUGGGUAUACAAGACAUUGAACAGUCUGCUUAUUUGGAUACGCAGCCAUUGCAAAGAUUAACAUGCGCAAUGGAAGAAAAUUGUCUAUCGCGAGAUGCAUAUCGCAUAAUACUCACACAGCCACAAGCUUUGCGUAAAUUGUUACGUUUUACUACACGAGCGGAAAAUGUUGGCAGUGCUGACUUUAGCCCAUAUUCUAAUUAUGAACAAUGGCAGUGGCAUCAGUGUCAUAAUCAUUAUCAUAGUAUGGAAUCUUUUGCUUCAUUCGAUAUAUAUAAUAUGAGUUAUCAGAAGGUGGCUCAAGGUCAUAAGGCAUCGUUUUGUUUAAUGGAUACUGCGUGUAAAUCGGGCAUAACUCCCAAGUAUACAUGCGGCAAUAGAACACAGGGCAUAUCAAUUGGUUGCUGGGAUACUUACAGUACGGGUUUAGACUGUCAAUGGGUUGAUGUUACAAAUCUGCCUGCUAAUAGAACAUACAUCUUAAGAAUUGCCAUCAAUCCGGAAUAUAUGAUUGGUGAAGUUAGCUUUGAAAAUAAUGGUGCAGAGUGUUUGCUCCAUUAUACAGGGGAACGAAGUACAACGAGAGUCACAAAUUGUACACGUUCGCCAUUGUGGUAUAAUAAAUAAUGUGGAGUUUUGUGGGAGUGAACAUUUUCAUUCAAUUUUUUGUAUAUUUUUAAUGUGGUUACAGGUAUAAAUUUUUUUCUAUAUAUUUCUUUUUAGUUUAUAAGUUAAUCUGUAAAAAAAUGAGAGAAUUAAAAAAUUAAAUAGAUUUGU